AUGGAACCAACAAUAUGGAUGCCCGAUCAGAGUGCAAUAGAAUGUACAGGUUGUCAAAGUCCAUUUUCAAUUAUACGUAGAAGACAUCAUUGUCGUAAAUGUGGAUUAAUCUUUUGUGAUCCAUGUUCAAAUCAUUAUACAGUAUUACCAGCUGAAUUGGGGUAUUCAGGUGCACAGAGACUAUGUCGGGUCUGUCAUUCAUCAUUUGAACAAAAACAUCAAUUCUAUGAGAGUGAUGGAUUUAUAGGUAGACUUCAAUUGAGAUCAUCAGCAACUUAUGAAUAUAGUAAAGCAUUACCAGAUAUUGGAAAUAUUAAAAAUGGAUUUAGAAAGUCCUAUUUCCUUGCCAAAAAGGAUGGAGAUGAAAUAUUAGUAUCCAUUCUAACACCAUCAACUCAUUGUCCAUGGUCAAUGUCUUCAGAUAAAUUAAAACAAAAAUUCAUUAAAACUUUAUCAUCUAUAAAGCAUAGUUAUAUUUAUCCAAUUUUAAAUGUUGAAACAUGUGGAUCAAAUGAUAAAUUAUUUGUUUAUAGAACUUUAUCAUCCAAAGGUAGUCUUAAAGAUUUAAUUUUUAAAUCAAAACCAAUGUCAUUUUAUGAUAGUAAAUAUAUUACAAAAAAAUCAAAUUCAUCUGGAGUGCCAUUAAAAUCGGUAAACAAAUAUGGUCGACAAAUAUUGGAAGCAAUGAUAUUCUUGAAACAAAAAGGAAUCAACUUUACAAAUCUUCACACUGGUAAUGUUCUUUUAUCAUCUUUAUCAGAUACAUGUAUGCUCAGCGAUAUUGAGAAUAGUUUGGUUGGCUUUAAACCAUUUUACCAUGACUAUUUGGUUGGUAUGUCUGCCAACAAAAAGGAAAACCAAGAAUCGAUUUGUUUUGGUCAUGUCCUCUUUGAGAUGAUUGUCGGGUGUCCGUUGAUGGACCAACCCGUCACUAAUUUCGCACCAGUCAUACCCAAGGAAGCAAUGGACAUGUUGAAUGCAAUCUUUACCGAUGCAUCCAAACCAACCCCUUCAUUGGAAGAUAUCAUCAAACACUCAUUCUUUGUGACUGGUCUACAAAUUGAAGUUGCUCAAGAAGGCAAACUAAAGAAAUCACAUCUUCAAUUCAUCAAGGAUUAUGCUAACCUAUUGGAACCGGUUGGUAGUAUUCAAUCACCAAGAUCUACUAGUAGUACUUCAUCUACACCACAAUUUAAAAAACAAAAUAGUUCUACUUCAAUGUUGGAAUCAAAUUCAGCAAAUGGAACCAUGUCAAAAUCAAUAUCAUCAACUCAAAUAGCUCAGCCAUCAGUAGCUACACAACAACAACCAUCUCCAGUUUCAGUUACCAAUCCAUUAAUGGCAUCAGUACAAGAAAAAAUGAAAUCAAUGAAAUUGGAUCGUGAUUCAAAACAAGCAACUUUGACGACUACUCAAUCAAGUCCCUCACCACCACCUCCACCACCUCCUCCAUCCCUCAAACAACUUCCAAAACAAGAAGGUAGAAAUGCUCUAUUGGAUAGUAUUAGAAAUCCAAACAACGUUAAAACUCUUAAAAAGACAAAUGGUCCAAAAUCAAAACCUGAUCCAAUUAAAAAGAAAUCAAUCAAAUAA